AUGGCCGAACCUUCUGUAUAUCCGUCCACACUGGACAGUGCCUUCGAUGGCGCAUCGCCCAUCAAAGACCUCUUCGACCCGAUCCGAUUGACGUCAGACAACAUCGUCCCAAUCAUCAACCUGCCCCUCUCUCAGCAGGUGUUGGGUCAUGACUCGAAUGAAGCUCUCGCACAAGUCGCAAGCGACGAAGUCUCCUACACCACGUUUGUCUCAGAGCAGGCCCGUUUGGCUCUUCAAGCCACCGAUGACCAAUCCACGGAACAGAAGCAAUCGCAAUUGUUGCACCUUGGUCUAGCAGCUUUGUUCAGCUUUCUACAGUCCAACGUCACCGGACCUCCACUAGAAUUCAACUCAGCCGAGACCGUGUUGCCUUCCUCUCUUCGAACCGACCCCACAAUUCUCAAGGCUGUGAGGGCAAAGAUUAUCCGUGACCUGUCAGUGGACGGAGAAGCAGCAUACAGGCUCACACCCAACCCCGAGUUGUUUGCUGUCGCUAAAGCCCUGCUGGUCGAUGCAGCUAUCGAUGGACCACUGCUGGCAAAGACUGCACGCAUGCGAACCAACUUCCUCCACCAAAAGAUGCUCUCGGAGGUUACGAGCACCUUGCAAGAUGUGAUCUACAAAGAUGUGGAGGUUCUGGACAAGGCCGAGUUGAAUGCCAAUGAGAGGAGUCGCUUCUUGUUAGAAAGGGCCAUUAUCCACACGCAUCAUAGCUUCGAUGUAAAGGCACGCGAGGACAUUGACCAGGCAGCCAAGGUACGGAACUUUGAGUUUGCCUUGACCGGUAAGAUGGGCAAGCGCACAAAGUUCCAAGAUCGCGAUAUCAGUCAGCUGGUGGUACUCGCCAAGAGUGCCGAUGAGACAUCACAAUCUUCCGAGCCCUCCGGUCCCAAAAAGUUGGAUCUGAACGAUGACACACUUCUUGAGUCCAUCUCUUUCUCUGACCAAAAGCCCGACGAACAAUCUUUGGCAAUUCAGGAUACAGUUUCAGCUUCCUUGUCUUCUAUCGAUGCCAACAACCAGCCCAUCCUCAACCCGGUGGAUUCAGCAAUUUUGCUGGCCCUGGCAUCUGCUAUCACAAAUACCGCCCCCGAGAACGGUCUCACCCGUGAAGAAACAAACCCCUACGCUAUUAGAGUCCUUGAAGGUGGCAGCUCCAACUGGCAAAUUUAUACACAGGCACUUCUGGUCCGCAGUCGUGUAGAGGGCUACCGCUCGCGUACAGUCGAGCGAGCUGUGUUGCAGAUGCAGGCAUUGGUGGAUCAGGUCAUUGCAGACACCGCAACUAGCGACGAGGCAGCCCAGAAUGAAUCAGGCGAGCCUUCCACUUUCCUUCCGCGCCCUGAGCAGUCCGAGUCUGCCCCUGCCGCUGACCGACUUGAACACAUCUGGAUUCUCAACUUCUCAACUCGAUGGAGCCUCGAGGCUGAACUUGCUAAGCGCUGGGUUGACUUGGGUGGUCUCCGCACCGCGCUCGAAAUCUACGAGAGACUUAGAAUGUGGGCUGAAGCCGCGCUCUGCUACGCCGCCACCGAGCGUGAAGGCAAGGCAAAGAAGCUCAUUCGCCGCCAGCUCUACCAAGCUACUGGCCCAGAUGAAAAUGACGAAAAUGAACAAUUCGAGGGACCAGAGCGCUCGCCAUUGCCUGCAGAUGCACCGCGUCUGUUCUGCAUUUUGGGAGAUAUUGACAAGGAUGAAACGCUUUGGGAGCGCGCCUGGGAGGUCUCGGGUGAGCGAUACGCCCGUGCCCAACGCUCUCUAGCUCGCCACUACCUCACCGCCACCCCACCGGAUCUGGAGAAGGCAGAGGCAUCGUACAAAAAGAGUUUGCACAUCAACCGUCUGAAUCACGGCGCCUGGUUCGCCCUCGGAUGUGUGCAACUUGAACUCCAAAAAUGGGACGAGGCAACCGAUACAUUCACUCGCACCGUUCAGCUAGAUGACACAGAUGGUCAAGCGUGGAGCAACCUCGCAGCCGCGAUGCUUCGCACUUCCGCGCCAGAAUCUAGCCCCGACACAGUGGACGAAGUCACAGGCGAGACCCCUGCCGACGUAGACCCCUACAAGCGUAAACGCGAGGCCCUCGCCGCGCUUCAACGUGCAGCACAGCUCAAGGGAACUGACGCCCGCAUCUGGGACAAUGUUCUGACCGUGGCUGCUUCUAUCCCGCCGCCGGCGACGCCAUUCCGCGAGGUGAUCACCGCCCAAAAGCGGAUCAUCGAGUUGAUCGGUGCGAAGAACGGUGAGAAGUGCAUCGACGUGCGUAUUCUGGGCUUGCUGGUCGAAUUCCUCAACACGGCUUUCGAUUACGAGGAUCUCCUCAUCCGCUCUGAGGAUGCGUCCGAGGCCCCGAUUGUUCGCACGGGCACACUUGCCGGUCAGAUUCUCUCCCUGGUAGACGACAAUGUCGUCCCGCUCAUCACUCACUCGGCGGUUUUGUGGCUCAUUGUUGCUCGCGUUGAGGUUUUCCGUGGUCGUCCGGCUAAGGCAUUCGAGGCUCAUGAGAAGGCGUGGCGUGCUACCGUCGCUGCUAAUGCUCAGGGUGCUUUCCAGAUGGGCGAUGAGAAGCCUUGGCUUGAGGUUGUCCGUGCUACGGAGAAGCUUGUGCGCGAUGGAUAUGCCAAGUUUGGUCCCAUGGACCGUGAGGGUCAGACGCUUGCGGACGAUCAGGAGGCCGAGCUUGUUGCUAAGGGCUGGCGUUUCAAGGCCAGAAGUGCUGUUCGAGGUAUUUUGGGUAAGGGUAAAGACUUCUGGGAUGGAACAGAGGGAUGGGAUCGUCUGAAGGAGUUGCAGUCCGAAGUUACGGGAAAUUAG